AUGGAGAUUGAUGGAGACGGUGAUGUGAAUGUGGCGGAACAUAAUGGAUCACCAACACCUGCCCAGGGUUCAAUAGCGAAUGGCUCGUCUUCGGCAACUGUCUGUCGCCGGAAACGCCUGUUACUCUCGACGGAGAGCGCGUUCGUUGGAAAUGUUCUCCCGUCGCUGGUCCAGCAUCCCGACAUCGAGCUGCGACUGAUCACAGACGAGCCCUCUGCCCUUCUCUCCGGGGCCAGCAAAGUACCGCAUUACAUGGAUACUGUCGAUAGCCAGACAUUUGAGAAAAAGACGGGUGCUCGGAAGUGGUUGAAAGCCAAGGCCGCCGAACUCUGUGAAUGGGCGGACAUGCUUAUCAUCGCUCCCAUUGAUGCUGGAACAUUAGGGUCGAUGCUGUCGGGCCUCACGAAUACAUUGACGUUGGCACUUCUCCGCGGUUGGAUAUCUACCAAGCCAGUCAUCUUAAUACCUGGCAUGACCAUCUCGGAAUGGCACCAUCCAUUGAGUGGCAGACAGCUAGAGGAGGUCAACCAGUUUUGGCCCUGGAUUCAUGUUGUCACGCCGGUCUUGAUGAAAUCUACCGACCCGGAGGAGCUAGUUCAGUUACAUUGGGACGGUCUGCAAGAAACCCUUGAAACCAUUGAGAAGGCCCUUGGGCUAUCCUUUUCACAAGUCGCCACCUCUUCGCAUAUCCCUUCGGGCAACUCUUACGAACAAUCCAUCGCUUCGGAUACGAAAGCAACCGGAACCACGACUGUGGCGACAUUGCGGCAUCUUACAGGUCGUUCCGAUAAACCUGAAGAUGGGCCAAUUUCAUUGCCCAUGGAAUUGUGGCUCAACAUCUUUGAGGACCAACUACACGAUUGGGAGAUUGCCAAAGCUGUCGGCAUCCCGACAAACUUGCCUGUACCCAAAGAAUGGCAAAACCAUCUUUUGAAGAUGUCAACCCCUGCAUCAUUGGAGUACACGAUACUGAGGGGAUCUUUCGCCGCGAUCAAAAAGCGCAUUGACAGUUUGCCACGAUGGAAACCGAUAUCUGACCUAUCAUGCCACUUAAUCUCCAAGUUCUCGCGAACAGACGUCCUGUCCUACCUCACAGAAAAUCAUAUUGAUCUCCUCUGGACCACAUCUCGCCUCACCAACCUUCCAUACCGGGCAUCCGCGAUUUACGGGAAUUCCAAUAUUUUGACCUGGUGGCGUGACGCGCCGGCCCUGCCAAACAAAGAGUAUAUCGCGGAUGCUAUGGACGGAGCUUCUCGCGCCGGCUUUGUCAACGUCCUCGAAUGGUGGAGAACAUCCGGCCUAGAACUCCGGUAUACGGAGCGGGCACUGGAGUCGGCCAGCGCGGAGGGCCGCGUCAACGUGCUGCAGUGGUGGAAGGACGCUUCGGACAACGCUCCCGCAUCGAAUCCAAUCCCCCUGAAAGUCGGUAAAUCCGUUUUGCUUGCCGCCCAAUCCGGCCGUACCGAGUCUAUCGCCUGGUGGGAUGCCUCGGGCAUCCCCUAUAGUCACGCCGAAUCGGUAGCCCGUAUUGCUAGCACCCACGGCCACGUCCACGUCCUCGAUUUCUGGUACCACCUUAAAGGCGCCAAAAUGAUCUUCGACUGCCAAGUGCUCGUCGGACCUACCAAGAACGGCCACGACAACGUGCUCGAAUGGUGGCGACAGAGCGGGCUGCGGGUGGAGUUCAAAACCUGCGAUAUCGAGGAAGCCCUUGAAGAUGCCGAUCCAGUCUCCGGUGCAGAAGGACGUGUCCGACGCUGGUGGACCCGUAACGGCCUCAACCUGGGCGUCGGGACCAGUGAAUGGAUGAAAACGAAGGUAUUAUGA